AUGGCGUCCAAAGACGGUGGAAAACUUCGAUUUGAUAACAGGGUAGUGAUCAUUACCGGUGCUGGAGGAAAUUCCACGAAGGAGACUUUGGCCCUUAUAACAGGAGAUGGAGGGAAUGCAAUUGCGGCUUUUGGAUCUGUCGCUGACCGCAAAACAUGCGAGGCUAUUGUCGCGACUGCCAUUAAACAAUACGGACGUGUCGAUGUGCUCAUCAAUAAUGCUGGAAUUGAUAUCGCAAAGCCCUUCGAAGAUAUGGCUCUCGAUGACCUCUCGCGAACAUUUGAUGUGCAUGUCAUGGGCAGCUGGCACCUGUCACAGUUUGUGUGGCCACACAUGAAAAAAGCAGGAUACAGCAAGAUAGUCAUGGUAUGCUCCAGCUCCAUAUUCGGUAUGCCGUCCAAUAGUGCGUACGUCACCGCCAAAGGUGCGCUGUAUGGGUUGAUGCGUUCCCUGGCAUACGAAGAAAGAGAGUUUGAGAUCAAAGUAAAUGCUCUUGGGCCAGUGGCAUUCAUGCCAAUGGCCAAAACGAUCCUUCCUGAAUCAAAAUGGGAUCGGGCGGCCCAGGCGUUACCUGCGUGGACUACUUCGCCCGUCUGCGCCUGGCUAGCCCACGAAGCCAAUGAAGAUACCGGCGAAAUGAUUGCCAGUUAUGGGCGCAGUAUAGGUCGGAUGUUCCUUGCCGAAACGAAUGGAGUCUUCUGCGGAACUGGAGAAUAUACCAUCGACACAGUGAAGGCCCACUAUGAAGAAGCGCGCGAUGAGGCUGGAUAUAUCGUCCCGACCUCUGUGGAAGAUGAGAGUAAAAGAUUAGAAGGAUUUGCACUGUAUGAUACCCAGGAGAGGCCACUAGACUUUUUUAAGUAA